AUGACUGAACCACAAGCUCCCAAUAUCAAAUACUUCAAAUUUCUCAAUUGUUGGGUUGAAAACCCCACUUUUUUUGACACUGUGCAGUCUUGUUGGGAAAUAAGUGUAGUUGGUGAUCCUAUGUGGUGCUUCCAUCAGAAAUUGAAGAGACUUGCAUCCAACCUUAGCUAUUGGUCAAGAAAGGAAUUUGGAGACAUUUAUGCUCAGGUGAAAGACUAUGAAGUAAAAGUCAAAAAAGCUGAGGAGGAUCUGAUUCUUGAUAAUUGUGAAGAAAACAGAUCCAAACUUCAUAGACUGAAUGCUGAGUAUAUCAAGUUCCUGAAAAUGGAACAAUCUAUCCUCAAGCAAAAGACUCAACUCCAAUGGUUCAAAGAAGGGGAUGCUAAUACUAGUUAUUUUCAUGCACUUAUCAGAGGAAUAAGAAGAAAAUUGUGCAUUCACAAAAUUCAGGAUGAAAAAGGAGACUGGAUCCAAGGUGAGAAAGAAAUUGCUGAGGCUGCUUGUGAUCAUUUCCAAAAGAUUUUCACAGGUGAACAGUGCAAAGUAAAGGAAAACUACCUGAGAUGUAUUCCCAAAAUGAUUUCUGAAGAACAAAAUGAGGUUCUUAAAGAAAUUCCUGAGACAAAUGAACUCAAAGCUGUUGUUUUCUCCAUGAACCCCCAACUCUGCAGCAGGCCCGGAUGGCUAACUUCUUCUCUUCCUAAUCUCAUUUCCACAAAUCAGUCUGGAUUUGUUAAAGAUAGGAGUAUUACUGAGAACAUUAUGCUUGCUCAAGAGGUGAUCCAUGGCAUUAAAAAACCAAAUCUUGGAGGCAAUGUAGUAAUCAAGUUGGACAUGGCCAAGGCCUAUGACAGGGUGUCUUGGUCCUUCACAAACCUGGUUCUAAGGAAAAUGGGGUUUAAAGAAACCAUCAUAGACAUCAUUUGGAGAACAAUGGCCAACAACUGGUAUUCAGUCAUAGUAAAUGGAGUCAGGCAUAGGUUUUUUCAUUCCACAAGGGGAUUAAAGCAAGGGGAUCCCCUUGCUCCUGCACUCUUCAUUCUGGGAGCUGAGGUCUUGUCUAGAAUGCUGAACAAACUGUACCAUAACCAUUCCUUCCAUGGCUUUCACAUGGCACAAAAUGGCCCUAAAAUUAAUCACCUCAGCUUUGCAGAUGAUGUCAUAAUUUUCUCAUCUGGGAAGAAGAAGUCAUUACAGCUGAUCAUGAAAACUCUUUCAAAAUAUGAAAAAGUGUCUGGCCAGUUGAUUAACAAAACCAAGAGUCACUUCAUGUUAUCCCCUUGUGCCUCCCAGUUUAUUGCUACUAGAGUCACAAAGGUGACUGGUUUUAAUCAAGAAGCAUCUCCCAUCACUUACCUGGGUUUCCCCCUCCAUGUUGGGAGACAAAGAAUCAUUUUUUUCUCUGAUCUGGUGUCUAAAGUUGUUAAUAGAAUUAGAGGGUGGCACUCCAAAAUCAUAAGUCAUGGGGGGAGGGCUGUUCUUGUGAGAUUUUUCCUACAAUCACUCUUCAUUCAUCUCCUCUCAGCCAUUUCACCUCCCACGACAACCAUGAAACAAAUCCAAAGUUUGGUAUCUGAUUUCUUCUGGGGUUGGAAAGCAGACAAGAGGAAGUACCACUGGGCAUCAUGGGAAUCCUUAAUUUUUCCAUACAAUGAGGGUGGUAUUGGCAUGAGAUUGAUCUCAGAUAUAUGCAAAGCUAUGCAAUUCAAACAAUGGUGGGUUUUCAGGUCAAAACACUCUCUAUGGGGGGACUUUCUCAAGGCUAAAUAUUAUCAAAGGGCUAAUCCUAUUAGCAAGAAGUGGGACACUGGUCAGUCUCUUGUUUGGAAACACAUGAUGAGGAAUAAAUAUGUUGCAGAAAAGCAGAUCCUAUGGCUGCUCAAUUCUGGUAGCUGCUGCUUUUGGUGGGAUGAUUGGCUUGAUGUUGGGCCUCUAUCAAACUACAGGAUAAUUCAUAAUAGGGCUAACAAUAUCAAGGUUGCUGAUUUCCUAGUUAAUGGGCAAUGGAAUAAGUAG